AUGAGAAAUCUUCUUAAACUCAAAGACUGCACGUCGAUCACGCCCAACUAUGCCUCACUCUCCAGCAAGCUUUCUAAAGUUCGGCAAUUGUUGGGCAACGAAGCCAAGCUGACGCUUGCAGAGAAGAUUCUGUAUUCACACUUGCACUCGCCGGAGGAUUCACUUGCUGGAAAAACACACUCCAGUCUGCGUGGCCAGGCCUAUUUAAAGCUUUCUCCCGAUAGAGUGGCGAUGCAGGAUGCAUCCGCGCAAAUGGCCUUGUUGCAAUUCAUGACUUGCGGGCUGAGCACUACUGCAGUACCCACUUCUAUCCACUGCGACCAUCUCAUUCAAGCCUACGAAGGCGCAGCUGCUGAUCUUAAACGUUCAAUCGUCAGCAACAAGGAAGUUUUCGAUUUCCUCGAAAGCGCUUCAAAAAAGUACGGUAUAGAGUUCUGGAAGCCUGGUAGUGGUAUUAUACACCAACUUGUGCUCGAAAACUAUGCUGCGCCUGGUAUGCUAAUGCUCGGUACUGACUCGCACACACCAAAUGCAGGCGGUAUGGGUAUGCUGGCUAUUGGUGUAGGUGGCGCUGAUGCCGUAGACGGUAUGUCAGGCACACCGUGGGAGCUCAAGGCUCCAAAAGUUAUCGGUGUCAAGCUUACAGGCGAGAUGAACGGUUGGACUACCCCCAAAGACCUCAUUUUGCACUUGGCAGGAAAACUCACCGUCAAGGGUGGUACAGGAUCUAUUUUAGAGUACUUUGGUCCUGGUUUAAACACUCAGUCGUGCACCGGUUUGGCUACCAUCGCAAACAUGGGUGCGGAAGUUGGCGCUACUACGUCCACAUUUCCUUACUCGCAGUCUAUGAGAUCUUACUUGCAUGCUACCGGUAGAGGACCUGUAGCUGAGGCUGCAGAUGACGUCAACGCACAACACUCCUUCCUCAAAGCAGACGCUGGUGCUGAGUAUGAUGACGUGAUUGAAAUUAAUCUUUCAGAACUCGAGCCACAUAUCAACGGUCCAUUUACACCUGAUCUUUCCACACCUCUCUCAAAAUUCAGUGCGAUGGUGAAAGAGAAUAACUGGCCAAGCACACUCUCGGCGGGAUUAAUUGGUAGUUGUACUAACUCGAGUUACGAGGAUAUGUCGAGAGUGGAAAGCAUAGCUAAUCAAGCAAAAAACGCUAACAGAAUUGCGGCUGUACCAUUCAUGGUCACACCAGGUAGUGAGUUGAUUAGAGCAACGAUUGAAAGAGAUGGUGUACAAUCAACCCUCGAAACUGUCGGUGCUACCGUUCUAGCUAAUGCUUGUGGACCAUGUAUAGGACAGUGGGAUAGGAAGGAGGCGCAGAGUGAAGAUAAUGCCAUUCUCACCUCAUUUAAUCGUAACUUCAAAGCGAGAAACGACGGUAACAUGAAAACGAUGAACUUCUUAGCAAGUCCGGAGAUAGUCACUGCGAUGACGAUUGCUGGUAAUAUGACAUUUAAUCCAAUGACAGAUACAAUACCAGCAGAAGGAGAAAAGAAAGCUUUGAAGUUUGAACCACCUCAUGGUACAUUCCUUCCUGCUGACGGUUUUGAGGUUGGUGAUGAAACAUUUUCACCAAGACCAACACCUCAACCUAUACCCGAGACGGAGGUGAACAUUGACAAGUCUAGCAAUAGGUUGGAAAUACUCGAGCCAUUUGAGUCACAUUUUGAAAACAGUGAACAACCGACAGAAUUGAGUGGGUUGCAGUGUUUGAUGAGAGUGAGAGGAAAGUGUACAACAGAUCACAUUUCAGCUGCUGGACCUUGGCUCAAAUAUAAGGGACAUUUGAGUAACAUUUCAGAAAACACAUUAAUGACAGCGGUGAAUGAUGAGAAUGGUAAUGUGAAUUCUGCGUAUGAUUUCUUUAAUGGGAAGUACAACACUAUUCCUAAUGUAGGAAAGGAGUACAAAAGAGAGCGUAAGCCUUGGAUGCUAGUUGUUGAUGAGAAUUAUGGUGAAGGCAGUGCUCGUGAGCAUGCCUCAAUGCAACCAAGGUGGCUUGGAUGUGCUAUAGUGUUGGGUAGAUCAUUAGCACGUAUCCACGAAACCAAUCUCAAGAAGCAAGGUAUUCUUCCACUCACAUUUACAAACAAGGAGGAUUACAGUAAGAUAGAUGCAGGUGAUGAUAUAAGCACGCAAGGAUUGGUUCAGUUGUUUGGAGGUGCAUUAGACACACCACUCAGCGUCAAUGUUGAGAAGAAGGAUGGAAGGAAGCUGAGUAUCCCAGUGAACCACACCAUGUCGGUAGAUCAGCUUACGUGGCUGAGGUAUGGAAGUGCACUGAAUGCAAUUGCAGCAGCGGCCAAAAAGAGACAAGAGUAA